GUCCGGGGCUGCAGCGAGCGCAGGAGCCAUGUAGCACAAACUGAGAACCACACCUCACACAGCUCAGACAGCAGGACAGGCCAAACGAGCCGGAAAAACCAGCAGAGACAAGCAGCCAUGGUGAAGCAUGACAUUAGUAAGGCAUGUGGUUUUAGAGCGGUAGCUGUGCUGAGAGGCUGUGUGGAUGGGGAGCAGAGUGCAAGUGUAGAUGCCCAGAAGAGCAGAAGACUCCCGAGCUGCCUGCUGCACGAGUGACCACAAGGAGGGAUAUAUCGAUGACCUUUUCCGCACAGUAAGGUCUGAAUUGAACGUCCACUGGCCGGAUGGUGCGCUCCUCUACAAACACUGUGGACAACAGCGCCCGGACAGCUGGUUUUGUGUUCCGAGGCCUUCAAGCUAAGUUCACAGGUCAGAGGAUGGCACUACGAAAAUAGACUCUGUACAGUUUCUUCAUUUCUUCCACAUUGCAUCAAAUAUGCUACCCAAAGAGCACAACAGCGAGGGCAAAGCAGCCAAACUCAGCCAGUAUGAGCAGAAGGUCAAAGCUGUCAAGAAAGAGGAGAAGGAGUUACGUUACGUGAGUCCACCAGAUGGAGGAUGGGGCUGGAUGGUGGUUCUUCACUGCUUUCUGGUGAACGUGUUGGUCAUGGGGACCUUGAAGAGUUUUGGGAUUUUCUUUGUGGCACUGCAAGAUGAGUUUGGCGGCUCAGCCGAGAGUAUCAGCUGGAUUGGCUCCAUCAUGUCCAGCCUCAGGCUCUCAGGAGGUCCUCUGGCGUCUGUGGCCUGUGCUAAGCUGGGGAACAGAAUUACCUCCAUCAUGGGAGCUGCACUUGUCAGUGCAGGCUUUCUUACCAGCAUCUUUGCAACCAGCGUGGUCUACUUGUACAUCAGCAUGGGGCUGGUGGUAGGUCUUGGCUUCGCACUGUUAUAUCAAGCCACGUCUGUAGUUACUGCAACUUAUUUCCGAAAGAGGUUAGCAACAGCAUACUCCAUUGGCCGCUCUGGCAUGGGUUUGACCUUUGCCCUCGCCCCCUUUACCCAGCUGCUCCUGGAUCAGUAUGCAUGGCAAGGAGCUCUGUUGAUUUUGGGUGGUCUGAUGUUGAACCUGGUGGCCUCUGGAAUGCUGCUGCGACCAAUCCAUGUGCGACCUGCUGCCUCCUCUCCCCCAUCCUCGUCCAGCCUCCGCAAAAGUCUGACAGGUUCUCUGAAAGGAACUAAGAAGGAACCUCUUCAGAAUGGCGUGAACGUGACUAUGGUUAUGUCUAACGGCAUUGCAAAAACAGAACCCUCUCCUUCUUUUCAUGCUGAUACACUGAUCAUAGAGAACCCAUCCCUUGGGCAGAAAAAUCUUCAAGUUGCGGAAUUAACUAGCCUGGUCCAGAAUGGUGUAAAUGGACUGGACAGUGGCCCAGUAAAAGUUUACCCAGAAAGUAAUGGCAAGACAGUUGUGGAUUCAUUACUGCAUGAGAAGACUCCCCCCAAAAAAGCCAAAGCCUUGGACUUCUCACUCUUAAAGAAUCCUUUCUUUUGCAUCUACACCUGGUCGCUGGUCUUCAGCCAGCUAGCCUACUUCAUCCCGUACUUCCACCUAUCAGCGAGAGCUAGGAAUUUGGGAAUUGACCCCAUGGAUGCAUCCUUCAUUAUAUCUGUAGCAGGUAUAACAGAAACCAUGGCUCAGCUGGCAUCUGGCUGGGUGGCAGACAGGAACCUGGUGCAUAAAUACCACUAUCACAAGGCCUAUCUGAUCCUAUGUGGUGUAGUGAAUCUGCUCUCCCCCCUUGCCACCUCCUACAUCUUGCUGAUGGUCUAUGCAGUCUUUUUUGCCAUCUUUUGCGGAGGCUACAUGGCCCUGCUGCUGCCCGUCCUGGUUGACUUGGUAGGACCUGAUAAGCUGAACAACUCCAUGGGAUUUUCGAUGUUCUUUGUGGGACUUGGAUGUCUAACAGGUCCUCCUUUAGCAGGUUUUCUGUACGACUACACUCAAACGUACGACUGCUCCUUCUACCUGGCUGGUGUGUGUUACCUGCUGUCAUCAGUCUCUCUCUUCCUGGAGCCGCUGGCCCGGUGCUGGCAGGCAAGAAAGAAACGACAGGAGCUGCUCAAUAAAGAGCUGAUAUGGAGCAACGGCUGCUUCUGUCCAGUGCCUCAGAGGAAUGGGGUGGUGUAGAUGAAGUAGAGCAGCACACCAUGGCCAGCUUUGUGGUGGACUACAAUACUAGCCUUUUUGAGGGAAGGACGUUCAUUUGAAUGGCACAGAUAUUAUGACCAACACAGUCUUAAAAUGCUUGAAGACACCAUACUGGGUACUGCUUUUAGUUCCAGAGAGCAGAAGGUCAGGUCCGUUCUGUAACUUCCAAUAAAGCCAAAUUGAUUUCAUGUUACAGUAAAGUAAUAACCUUCCCUGUGAAAAACUGGCAUUUCUAGUUUUUUUUGCCUGGUGGGAGAAACAAAAAAUUAUUAUUAUUUUUUUUAUUGUUUUACUUUAAUGUCUACAUCUUCACUUUAUGUGUAUUGCCAACGUUUAGUUCAAUAUCACCGGAAAACUGUGCUUUCACUGGUGCUUCCAUGGGCAUCAGUGCAUUAGAGGGUAUGAGGGUUACACUAUAUUCAAUGAAUGAGUAAGUAAAUAAAUAAAAACCCCUUUAAAGUUUUGCAUACAAAACCAUGCACUUUACUAAAUGCUGAUUAUUCUCUAUGCAACUUGUCUGCUGGUUUGAGGUAAUAAGCAGCCAGCAAUCCACAUCAGUUUAUUUUUGCUGUUGAUACCCACAAACACAAGAUCCAGUAGUGUCAAUCAGCCACAUUCUUACUCUAAAAUGAGCUCAUCUACGAGUCGUUUAGAUUCAUUGUUUCAAAGAUAGGUUGUUCCUAUUGGGUCGCAGCCCUGUUUCUACAUUUUAGACAUGCAUUUUUUUUUCAGCUGGUGGUGUCAAAUUAUGGUCAUGCCAUUGACCACUGAUAAUAUUCCAGAGAAUGUCCAAAACAAGCUGCUUUAUUCAUGCUAUGAGUAAGAAUCCCUGUGACACUAAUUAGCUAAGGGCUGAGUCUAAGAGAUUUGGGGCACUGUGUGUAGAUUUACCUAGUCUGAGAUAUAAGUUCAUAUUGCCUUCUUUUUCCACAAACUGUAAUGGUACUGAAUUACCUGUAGUGUUGUUUAUCACCAAUAUUUGUCUUUUAUGUACCGCCUAACUGUACUAACUGUUCUGUAAUAUGAGCCAAAGAUGCAACUGAGAUUAGAACCUAUGCAUAUUACCCUCAGACAUGUAUAGAAUUUCACUUUAUGUUAGCAAAAGUUUACUUGACAGAUGGUCAAGUACCUCAUAUGGCAUCCUCUAUCAGGUAGUGCCCUCUAGUGGCACAACAUAGUCCCACUGAAGGGGAGCAUUCAUUUUGUGUAUAAUCCUUCUUAAAUCCUCCUCUUGCUUAAGUGCUUAGCAAGAUUCAUUGUUUAGGCCCCAUAUUUUUUUUUACCAAACUAUUUUUUAUCAGGCCUAAAUAAUUGCAUAUGUUUCAGCUUGGCAAAGGGCCAAUGGGACAAAUUCUUACUGAGCUCACCCUUAAAAACACUCCUGUUGAAAGGCUGGCUUUGUGUUCUCUGAAUGUCUUUUUACUUCAGUUAAAUGUAACAUACUUUUGAUGCUUUAAAGCAUUUUUGUAUCACUUUUAUUAUCUUUGAAGGCAGGGCUUUCAGCGACCUUGGACAGGUAACAUAAUGCUUAAAUAUCAUCAUUCAGAAGGAGUAAACUGUAUAAAAAGAAAGCCUCCAAAGACUUCGUCUUAAGGGGCCACAAUCAUGUAGCAUCCAGGGGCCACAUGAUGUAGUUUAUGGAUAAAAUAAUUACAAAGCACAGUGGCAGAUUUGCCAUCUCAGUGGUAAUUCGCCACCAACUAUCUGUGAGGACAUAUGGUCCGAUUUUUUAUAUUGAUAAAUGUUACAGUGUAAAUUCUGGAACUGGUUAAAAAAAGUUGAUGUCAAUCUCAUUUUUGUCAAGUUUCUUAACUGAAAUAAAAGCCAAUGGUGAAUGUGGCAACACAGUCUAAAUUCCAUGUAACUUGAUACGGCUCUUGCUGUUCAAAAAUUAAACCAGGUUUUCCCUAAA